AUGGGCACUCAAGUUGUGGAGACAGGAGCACCGGCCUUUCAGGUUCCUCCUCUUUCGAUUCUUCCUGCCAAGUCCACACAGGAAGGUUUCACACAAGUGCCGACGCCUAUUAUCACCUGCCAGGCGUAUGAGACACGGAAGCGAGUGUGGUGCAAGCAGAAGGCGCCGAAACCUUUAUCUCUCCAAAAGCAGUUACAAAGUUCCCAAGCGCCUGCGAUGAGCGAGCGACGCGAAAGAUAA